AACCGUCCUCAACCUCCGGACCCUGGUUACAAAAACAGAUUUAUCCGUGUAUGACUGGAAUUUCUGAAUUUUAACUGGUCACUGGUCAAGUCUCUGUCACGUUUUGUGUACAACAACCUGUUUUCUACGCAUUCUCAAGAAUUUGAUCAAAAAGGUUUUAUUCGACGCAAGUUCUAAGUUUUGGACGCCUCUUCUGAGUUCAGAGUGCCAAGGUACAAGAACUGCACUGAAUUGGCUUGCAUCCCGAAAUAAAUCCCAUAGAACACUUUUGGGAAAUGAUAAAGAAACGAGUUAGACAUCCUCAACAUUAAACAGCUUCAACUGUUCUUAAGAGACUGACUUAAGGCCCUCUGUGAGGCCAGCGAAGUAAUAUGCAUUAUUAACAUAAAACUAGAAAUGCCCAAAAAAUUCAGCACUGGAAAUACAAAAGCAAUUGCUGCCAAGGCACGUAAAGCAGCAGUACGGGAACAGGAACUCGAUAAGAAGAAACAAGAAUUGGAAGAUGCUUUGUGGCAAGACGAUGACAAGAAUGUGCAAAGGAAGCAACAGAGAAAGGAAGAAAAAGAGCGUAAAAAACAAGAACUUUUGGAUAAGAAGGCAUCUGCCAAAGCACUUUUAGAAAAAGAAUUAAAUGAAAUCAAACCAAUUUCGAAACAACCUGCGUCAAAGGUGUUCCGGAUACAAAUCCAGGAGGAGCUUGAAAAACGCCAAGCUGCAAGUCUGGCAACUCAAGACAAGGGCAAAUCACGCAUUGAACUGCCUAUGCCUUUAGAAGAAAAUUUAAAUCAAUUGAAUAAUGAUGUCAUCGAUGCUAGGAAUAUUACACAGGCUAUUGAAGCACUGAGUGUGGAGAAGCCACCCCAGGAUAGACACAUAGAAAGAAGACUAAAGGCGGCCUAUGCAGCUUACGAGGAGAAAAUGAUGCCAAUUGUUAAACAGGAAAAUCCAAGCCUACGGUUUUCACAGCUUAAACAACUUAUAUUUUCACGCUGGCAAAGCUCUCCUGAAAAUCCUCUCAACCAACUACACAACGGUUAAAGAGUGUUAUGUGACUUUUCCCCGCACUAUUACAGCGUCUUUGAAUAGUUAUGUACAGAACAUCUUGGAAUAUAAAAUUAUUUUUCUUUUUUUUUUCAAUCACAUGUAUAUUUAUUUUUUCAAAUACAUAAAUUACCAAUGAAAUUUAGGUCUUUUUGUUUAAAUUUUGUUAAUGUAAAAGCAUGUAGGAUUUCCCAUUAUGAAAUAUCAUUUGAGGAAAGUGCCUGUGCUAAGCUUUUUUCCUUUAUUAUACAAUAAAAUAUUAGCGUGAUAUUACAUUUA